GAUUUUAGACAGGCGGGGUCCUUAACUUCUGGCACUUCUCGGAAUAUUUGUAGAGAAUGAAGUUGGGCGAACACAGCUAGCUGCCCCGCCGCUGCCGGAGUGUCAGUCCGGCUCUGUUUGAACUUUCAGACACUAUGGAGGUGUCCCGGGUCAUCCUGCGUGUGCUGUCCGUGUUGGUCGCUCUGUUCUCGGACAGGUUGGUGGUGCUGGCGGGCUUCUCGCAGUCCUUCGACAGCGACUUCACGUUCACUCUGUCCCCCGGUCGGAAGGAGUGUUUCUACCAGACUAUGAAGAAGGAUGGCUCUCUGGAAAUUGAAUAUCAGGUGUUAGAUGGUGGAAGUCUGGAUGUAGACUUCAUAAUCGCCUCUCCAUCUGGUCAAGUCCUGUUCAGUGACUACCGCAAGUCAGACGGAGUGACACAAGACGGAGACUACAUGUUCUGCUUCGACAACACGUUCAGCUCUGUCUCUGAGAAGCUCAUCUUCUUUGAGCUGAUCCUGGACAACAUGAACACAAGUGAAGACCCCGAUGACUGGAAGGAGUACGUUCAAGCAUAGACAUGCUGGACAUGAAGGCUGGAGGACAUCAUGGAAGCCAUCAACAACGUGAAGGCCCGUUUAGGGAAGAGCGUUCAGAUCCAGACGCUGCUGCGGGCGUUCGAGGCUCGGGACAGGAACCUCCAGGAGAGUAACUUUGACCGAGUGAACUUCUGGUCGGUGUUCAAUAUGGUUGUCAUGAUGAUGGUUUCUGCGGUUCAGGUGUACCUGGUCCGCUCACUGUUUGAUGACAAGAGGAAAAUCCGCACAUAACACCUCCCAACAUGGACAGACAGAGAGACGAACACCUGCCGACAGGAACCUUUGAGACUGCAGUCGAUUAACACACACACACACACACACACACACACACACACACACACACACACACACACACACACACACACACACACACACACACACACACACACACACACUUCAUAACACCUCUGUUGUUCCUCUGGUCUUCAGUGCACUGGAGUCAAAGGGACUCUGGGAGUCCAGGAACUUCUCUCUGCUCUUCACUCGGUCUGUCUCUCUUUAAACUCUGUCUUUCUAUCGUCUUCCUCCGCUGCUGUAACUCCUCACAGACAGUGACAAACAAGCACGUUUAUGAUGUGACUAUUUUUCUAACGGAGCCUCAAUUUACGCUGCCAAAAUGUCCUUUUUUUUGGGACAUGUUUUUAUUUGAGCUGCACUUGAUGAAGAAGUGAUUUGAAGUCUGAAGAAUUUAUGUCUAACAGGAGGAGCGAGGGUCCGUCUGUCUUCCUCUUUAAAGUGUUCCUUUGUGUGUUUCUGAGAAGCCUUAUUAGUUGUAGUCCGGCUGUGAGGCCUGAAGUUUAUCUUGUUGUUUGUAAAGAGCUCAGACUUUAAAAAACAGAAACAGAAUACGACGCCGAUACGACCAACAAGUACGCAGGUCAACGCACAGAUUCAGUACCAUCGUUUAUUCCUCUUGGUGUCCACUCAGCUGUCGGAGUUGUCUGAUUUAAAAAAAAAUCUCUUCAGAUAUAAAAAAAAAGCUAAAGACAGAAAACAAAGCAGUUUAUGUUGUGAGCCAGGGUCUAUAACUCUUCUCAGGUGACACAGGACGUCACGUAGGCCCAGAGCCAAGCUGUGGCUACGUAAGCCAAACUGUUGUUACAUUAGCCAGCCUGCUGAUGAGUUAGCCAAGCAUCCGCUAUAUCUACAGGUGGCAGCCAUGUUUGCCGAGUAAUAGGUGAUACUACAUUCACUAAGGCUGCUGCAACAGCCUAGCUUAUGCUACUUUAGCCUUUCUGCUGAUAGGUUAGCCAAAUGGCUGCAUGGUUAGCCAAAAAGCUUCAUGGUUUGCCAAACAGCUGCAUGGUGAGCCAAACAGCUGCUUGGUUAGCCAAACAGCUGCAUGGUUAGCCAAACAGCUGCAUGGUUAGCCGGCCGCUACAACAUUCACCAAGCCGCUGCUCAUUUAGCCAAACAGCUGCUACACUGGUGGAGUUGCUGCUACAUAAACCUAGCUCCUGCUACUUUAACCAAGUUAUUCUGCUAUGCUGUUAUGUUAGCUAAGCUGCAGCUACAAUCCAAGUGGCAGCCAUGUGUGUCAUGGAUGCUACAAUAAACAUUCACCAAUCAGCUUCUGUAUAAGCCUUUCUGCUGCUACGUUAGCCAAGCUCAUUCUCAGUUAGCCAAACAGCUGCUUCACUGGUGUAGUUGCUGCUUUGUUACCCAAGCAGCUGCUAACUUAGCCAAUCAUUUGCUACGUUAGCCAAGCUGCAGCUACGUUAGCCAAGCUGCAGCUUCGUUAGCCAAGCUGCUGUUAUUUUAGUCAAGCGCCACUACAAUAAGACUAGCAGCUGCAUUACUAACCAAGUUGCCAUUGCACUCACCAAGUAGCUGCUACCUUAGCCUUGCUUUUGCUAUUUAAGCCAAGCUGCUGCUGCGUUAGCCAAUCAGAUUCUAUGUUAGCUAUGCUGAUGCCCUCAGUAUUAGAAGAGAGGAACCUCCUGCCCUGCUGUGCCGCCUCGUGGCCUGAAUGGCAGCCAGCUCUGACUCUCGCCUGCCUGGCGGAGGGUCAGAGGGUUGUGAGGGUUUGGGGGUGCGGUGUACUCUUACAGACACCUACUGUGUGAAGAUGUGUAACUGCCCGUCUCUCUGGUGACACGGGUCUAUUUCUAUCCUCCUGACACCUGGAAGGUCGUUACCACUGCAGCGUGUGAGCCGAGCCGCUCGCUGACGCCGACGCUCCCUCUGUUUAAACGUUUGUCUCUCUGUUCUCAUGACCGUCACACACAAUGAUGUGACCUCUGCACUGCCUCUGACGCCACAGAACAACACCUUAUCUUUUUCUCAGAGCGUAAUGUUGAGUAUGUUUUUGUAAUUCUCAUUUUGUCCUGACGUGUGAGUGAAGUCAUUUUAAUGUUUUCAGACUAUUCAGUUGAACAUCUUUUAUUAUUCCUCAGCUCCAUACAUGAGAGGGUUGGACGCUCCAAGCUGCCAUCUCCUUAUUCUGCCCCGUACUGUAAAAUAAAGAUACAGUAAGUCUGUGUCAGAUCAUCUCUAUGAGACAGUCUGUGUUCUGACCCUGCAAUAACAAACAGGAUCAUUGUUUAAACGCCUCGUCCUCUGUCUCCGUUAAAGUGCCAUGUAUGUCCCUUCUCCUGAUCUCUCUCUGCUGUAUUUUACUUUAAAUACUAUAUGUUGAGAGUCUCAAAGAGAUGGUCUAGUUCUAAAAUAUAAAGAUCAACAGAUAUUUUUAAAGUAUUUCUACAUUAUAGAGAAAGAAACAGUUACUGAAUGUUAGAAACCCUAUGAGAUAUUUUCCACUCGUGUCCUGUAGUUUUAAAUGUGUAUAAAUUAAACAAACAUACACUGCCUGA